ACAUGUUAUUUUACCAAAAAUGAUGGAAUAUCUCUCUCUUUCUCCUCCCUCUCCCACCAGACACGACACAAGCAGCCGCCCCCUUUUCUCUUCAGUCUUCUUCUCCGGUGAGCCUUAGGCGGCGGAGAUACCCAGUAAGUAGAUACAAAUGUCUUUAUUGUAUCAGAUAUCAGUUAGGGAAAUUUAUGCUAAAGAUACAACCAGAAUUCUUCUUUCUAGCUUUGUUAGAUAUGCGUGCGUCUUGUGCAAUUUGCAUAACUCCAUCUUAUCGUCACAGUUUUCUACCCGUCAGGUUGUUCCAAAAAUCUCAUCACGAGUUAGAGAUUACAGUGCCAAUUCGAAUGUUGCACGUACUAACUGGCUGAUCACAAAGCUUGGUAAAGAAGGAAAAAUUGGAGAGGCACGUAGGGUGUUUGAGGAAAUGCCUGAUCGAGAUGUGGUCUCAUGGACUGCAGUGAUUACAGGGUAUAUUAAAUGUGGAAUGAUUGAGGAAGCCAGGAAGCUAUUUGAUAGACUUGAUUCUAUAAAGAAUGUUGUUACUUGGACAGCAUUGGUUAGUGGAUAUGUAAGAUUGAACAGGAUUGAGGAGGCUAGAAGCUUGUUUGAUGCCAUGCCGGUUAAGAAUGUUGUGUCGUGGAACACUAUGAUUGAAGGGUAUGCACGAAAGGGUUGGGUUGAUCAGGCUUUUGAUUUGUUUGAAAGAAUGCCAGAGAGGAAUGUGGUUUCUUGGAACACUGUUAUUACAGCAUUGAUGCAAUGCAGGAGGGUAGAUGAAGCUCAGGAGCUUUUUAAUCAGAUGCCGGAGAGAGAUGUGAUUUCUUGGACGGCCAUGGUGGCUGGUUUGUCAAAAAAUGGGAGAAUUGAUGAUGCCCGUUUACUGUUCGAUAAAAUGCCAAAGCGGAAUGUGGUUUCUUGGAAUGCAAUAAUUACUGGGUAUGCUCAGAAUAUGCGGCUUGAUGAGGCAUUUGAACUGUUUGAGCAAAUGCCAGAGAGGGAUGUGCCUUCAUGGAACACUAUGAUUACAGGGUUCAUUCAAAACGGUAAACUAGAAAGGGCAGUGGAUUUGUUCUACAAAAUGCCCAACAAAAAUGUUGUCACUUGGACGGCAAUGAUUUCUGGACAUGUUCAAGAUGGGCAAAGUGAAGAAGCAUUGAAGAUCUUUUCAGAAAUGCAAGCAGCAAACAAUGUAAAACCAAAUGAAGGAACUUUUGUCAGUGUGUUGGGUGCUUGUAGUAACUUAGCUGGCCUUUGUGAGGGACAACAAAUUCACCAGAUAAUAAGUAAGUCGGUAUACCAAGAAGUUGCAGAUGUGGUGUCAGCUUUAAUAAACAUGUAUUCAAAAUGUGGGGAGUUGUAUAUGGGUCGGAAGAUAUUUGAUGAUGGAUCAAUGAGCCACAGAGAUGUGGUUUCUUGGAAUGGGAUGAUUGCAGCCUAUGCUCACCAUGGCCAUGGCCAUGAAGCAAUUUGUUUAUUUGAUGAAAUGCAGGCAUUGGGGUUUCGUCCUGAUAAUGUCACCUAUAUUGCAUUGCUUUCUGCUUGUAGUCAUGCUGGCCUUGUGGAUGAGGGGUUGAAAUUAUUUGAAAACCUUGUAAGAGAUGGGUCUAUAAAACUAAGAGAAGAUCAUUUCACAUGCCUGGUUGAUCUUUUUGGCCGAGCUGGACGACUUCAAGAGGCGUUUGAUUUCAUUAAGGGGCUUGAGGUUAAGCCUUCGGCAUCUGUUUGGGCAGCUCUUCUUGCUGGAUGUAAUGUUCAUGGGAAUAUAGAUCUAGGUAAGUUAACGGCUGAAAAACUUUUAGAAACAGAACCAGAGAACGCAGGAACCUUUUUGCUGUUAUCUAACAUAUAUGCUUCAACUGGAAAAUGGAGAGAAGCUGCCGAAGUAAGGUUGAAAAUGAAGGACAAAGGAUUGAAGAAGCAGCCUGGUUGCAGUUGGAUAGAAGUUGGAAAUGCAGUGCAUGUGUUCGUAGUGGGUGACAAUUCUUAUUCCCAAUCUGAAAAUAUUUAUCUUUUACUUCAUGAUCUACAUACAAAAAUGAAGAAGAUUGGUCAUACAUUGUACGAAGAUUUAACAAUGGAUUUCAAUUUAGUAAUUGCAUGAGCCUGGAACUGGUAGGAAAUUUGCUUGGCCAACCAUAUGUUCUUCAAUGUGAUGCUAAAUGCAUUGCAAUCUGAUGGGGAAAGAAUAUAAGAGUAAUUCCUUCUUAUGGGGAUUAUCGUGAAAGAUUUUGCAUGUGACGACGUGACGAGGUGUGGAACUCUGUUGGAUCAUGAUCCUCAUUCGAUUAUGUGUUUCACAAGUUUUUGACAGAAUAUUAACAUCACAGUAACAAUGAAAUGUACAUCUUCUUGCUCUUCCAGUUGGCUUUCAGAACUUGGAUGCAGCUGUUCUGAUGAUUAAAACCAAUGCAGGACAACAACCCCUUUUUUUGUCCUUUCUCAGCUUCGCAGCAAGAACUAGUAGCAACGGAUUGCUUGUGGUUUAUGAGAUCUUCACAAAUAGAGUUCUCUUUAUACGUUCUUAUACUACACCCAGAGGUUGGCUCGAUUCCUAUGUCCAUGAUACAAGAAUUAUCCAAUGACACGUAAUAUUCAUGGACUACACUCGAUUGUAAUAAUAGCAAUUUCACUCAAUUUGCUUCCUAGUUGCCUUUUCUGAUGAAUUUCAUAAUUUGACUUGUGAAUUUUGAAUUCUAAACUGAGUGAAUUGAGACUACAGUAGUUUCCCUUUUAUUCUAGAGUUGAUUGAAUCUCUCCUUGAUCUGCUAAA